AUGUCGUACAAAGUUACGUACUUCAACGUCACUGCUCUGGCCGAACCCAUCAGAUUCCUUCUGUCCUACUUGAACAUCGAUUUCGAAGACUUUCGUUUUGAACGUGAACAAUGGCCUGCACUCAAGCCUACCAUGCCAUUUGGCAAAGUGCCCGUUUUAGAAAUUGACGGCAAAGUAUUGAAUCAAUCAACAGCUAUUACUCGUUAUUUAGCCAAAAAAGCUGGGUUAGCUGGUAGUGAUGAUUGGGAGUCUAUGUUAAUCGAUAUUGCUGUUGAUAACAUUCAUGAUUUACGACAAGCUAUAGCAUUAUAUGCUUAUGAUUCAAAUGAAGCAACUAAGGAAGCAAGAUAUGCACCUUUGGUCAAUGAAACAAUUCCAUUCUAUAUGGAUAAAUUUGAAAAAAAUGUUGAAGAAAAUAAUGGAUACUUUGUAAAUGGAAAGUUGUCUUGGGCUGAUUUAUUUUUUGUAGCAGUUUUAGGCUACUUGAAUUUUAUGGCAAAAAUUGAUUUAUUAGAAGGUCGUCCAAAAUUAAAAGCACUUAAAGAAAAAGUAUUGGAAGUACCCCAAAUUAAGGCAUGGGUUGCUAAACGACCAACAGAUAAUCCUUAA